AUGUGCGGAAACAGCAGCUGCGACAACCACCUGACCGCCGAAGAGGCACGCGCCGCCGCGCGAGAGGAGGGUCUCGAGCUCGUGCCGUCCAACAACGGCACCGGCUUCCAGAACGUCUUUCGCUCGCCCGGCUUCAAGAAGGCGCCGGCCCACCCGUUCCUUGCGGUGGUGUACGGUCCCAGGAGGACGUCGCUCGGCAAGUUCGCGACUGCGGAGCACGCCGCGCUCGCGUGUGCUCGGCACUUCAAGACGCUGUCUGGUGCAACGGUGGGCGCCGCAGGCGCCAGUCGCCAAUGGGGUGGGCCGCUGAAGGCUCGCAACACGGAGGCAGUCGCCGAGGAGGCCACGGUGUCAGCCGGAUCCCACGAGCGGCCGGGGGGCGCACUAGAUUCCGCCUCGUGCCUCGUGCCGAGCGAUACGACGGGCAACGAGGUGGCGGCGGUGGGGGACACGUGGUGGAAGAGGCACUCGGAGGAGCGGGCGAGGAUCGAUGCGCUGAGCGGGGACGAGGUUGAGAAGGAGGCCGAGGCGCACGGGCUCGAGCUCACCAGGUCGACACGCAACAAGUCGGGCUACGCGGGCGUCUUCAAGAGGAGCAGAAAAUCGGCCGGCGCUGCCGACCGCUAUGAGGCGCUCUGGGCUCCCGGGCAGAAGGAGCUGGAGAGGCUGGGGCUCAAGUCGAACGUGAGCUUCGGCACGUGGGAGCGGCCCGACCAGGCCGCGCUCGUCCUCGCGCUUGAGAGCAAGCGCAUCCUGGAUGCGUCGGGGAGGAAGCGCCGAGGGAAUGGCGGCGCAGGAGGCUCUCUGGAGAGCAAGAAGCACGCCAGCCUCCUGAUGGGACUGGCAAAGCCGGCGCACUCACCGCCCUGCGAGCGCCCGCCCGCCGCCGCGCCGGCGACGACAGCGGGGAGCGGAGAGAGCAACGGCGCCGCGCUGGGAGCGGUGGCGGGGACGACAGAGAAAGAGGCGUGCGGGAGUGUUUAG